GCCAUGAAUGGCAACCACGUCAAUGGAGACGCGACGUUGUCCAAGCAGCCUACCUAUGAACGAAUACAAAUCAUCAACGACGAGAAGCAAUUUACGCCAGAGUUGACACACCAGGUCGAGCGGUGGGGCCUGCAGAAUGCCGGCUUCGACUACGACAUUGUCGCUGUGUUUGGAUCACAGUCUACUGGCAAAAGUACACUGUUAAACCGCCUAUUCGGCACUAACUUUGACGUCAUGGACGAGACGAAGCGGCAGCAGACCACGAAGGGUAUAUGGAUAUGCAAAGGGAAGGCUAUGAACGUCAUGGUUAUGGACGUGGAGGGUACAGAUGGGCGGGAGCGAGGAGAGGACCAGGACUUUGAGAGGAAGUCGGCUCUGUUCUCGCUUGCAUCAUCCGAGGUGCUCCUCGUCAACCUGUGGGAACAUCAAGUCGGCCUGUACCAGGGUGCCAAUAUGGGGUUGCUCAAGACCGUCUUUGAAGUGAAUCUUGGGCUGUUUGGCAAGAAGACUGCGGAUGGUCGCAACCAACGGACACUUCUGCUGUUCAUCAUUCGGGACCAUAUCGGCACGACCCCCCUAGCAAACUUGCAGGCCACGCUCACGGCCGACAUGCAGAAGAUCUGGGAGUCUCUGUCCAAGCCACCAGAGCUGCAAGAUCGCCAGCUCUCCGACUACUUCGACCUCUCGUUCGCCGCGCUCCCGCACAAGGUGCUUGAGGCACAACGGUUCGAGACCGAGGUGGCGGAGCUUAGGAAGCGGUUCGUAGACAAGUCAAGGGAGGACUUCGUAUUCAAGCCUGCCUACCACAAGCGCAUUCCUGCUGAUGGUGUUGCGUUCUACAUGGAGGGCAUCUGGGAACAAGUCCAGAGCAAUAAAGACCUGGAUCUCCCAACCCAGCAGGAGCUGCUGGCCCAGUUCCGUUGCGACGAGAUUUCCAGCGCAGCACUGGCGGAGUUCGCCGAACAGGCGAAGCCUCAGCGGAGACCGAUCGAAUCGGGCAAGGUUGUAGAGGGUCUCGGUGGUAUGAUGCAGAAUUGGCGCACCGCUGCUCUGACACGCUACGACCGCGACGCCUCGCGGUAUCACCAAGGCGUGUACAAGCGCAAGCGUGCUGACCUCGUCAGCGUGCUCGACUCGACGAUUUCGCCGCUCUUCCUCGGGCAGCUGAAGAACCUGCACAAGGCAUGUCUCGUCCAGUUCAAGGAUGAGAUGCACCAGGGCAUGCGCGGCGAGGGCUACAACUUCGCGGACGUUGUCGUGAAGGCGCGGGAGCGCUGCGAGAAGCGCUUCCUGGACGGCGCGAAGGAGGCGAUUGUCGAGGGCACGGACUGGACGUAUGAAGAGGAGUACGGGCUGUUGCAGCAGGAGGUCGGGAGCGUCGCGAACCAGUGCAGGAAAGACGAGACGAAGAAGAUGGUCAACACGAUUGAGCGGAACUUCAAGAAGCAGAUCUCGGAACCUGUCGAGCUGGCCCUCAACUUACCGGAUCACGACAUGUGGGACAAGGUGCUCAAGGCGUUCCGCGACAACCUCACCAAGGCCGAGUCGUCGUACCUCACCAGAGCGAAGAGCUUCGACUGCACAGAUGAGGAGAACGAGACUGCGCUUGCGUCCCUGCGGAAGCGGGCGUGGCUCGCAUUCCGGGCGAAGAUCGACGAGCAGACGACUGAUGCGGCGUUCCUCACCAAGCUGCGCACGUACUUCGAGGAGCGCUUCCGAUACGACGAGAACAAUGUCCCGCGUGUCUGGAGGCCCGGAGAUGAUAUCGACGGUGCCUUCAAGAAGGCGCGAGACCAGACCCUCGAGCUCGUCCCCCUCUACGCCAGGAUCCACCCCGUCGACCCCUCGCUAGAGUACACGCUCCCCUCCGAGACUUCGGACUCGCUCACAGAGGCGGCGGACGACUUCGACUUCCCGGCGACGCUCGUGAUCUUCACGGAGACGAAGAUCCUGGACAUCAUGGCGCGCUUCCGGCGGGACGCGGACGCGUACUACGUCGAGGCAAAGCGGAGCACAGUCUCGAGCGUCGCGCAGAUCCCGUACUGGAUGUAUGGCGUGCUCGUCGUGCUCGGCUGGAACGAGGCGAUGGUCGUCCUGUUCAACCCGAUGUACUUUGCGAUGCUGGCGUUGUUGCUUGGGUUUACGUACAUAAGCAUUCAGCUUGGAUUGAUCGGGCCGAUGUUGCAAGUGAGUAAGACCGUUGGAGGCGAGGUCCACCGCCAAGUCGACAGGCGUCUCCGCGAACACUUCUCGCAGCAAGUGAUCACCCAACCCGUGCGCGCGCAACGCAUGGAGGGCGAUGAGGCCGAGCGGGAGCUCCGGCGGAGGAAGGCAGAGCCGAUGUAGGCCCGCGUGUGGUACGUCUCUCACGAACAUUUCCUUAUAUCGGAUGGGAUACCUAUUCUUGUAAUUAUUGUCUCGCGCUUGCCUGAGUAUUUACGAAGAGGCUUUUGCAUCAUGAG